AUGAAGGGAAGAACAACCAGCAAUGUUCAGUCGAAUCGGUCUACGAAGAAUGGGAAAAGAGAUCAAAAGAUGCACAAGUCUAACAGUGGUAAAAGAUCUUCAGGGCAAGAAAGAGUCAAGCCUUUGGAAGCUACUAAGGAAGAAUCUAAUGUCUCAGAUAUAGUGAAUGCCAUAACUACAAAAUCAAAUGAUGAUCCGGUGAAUGAGUCUUUAGAGACUCAUCAAGAUUCCGAGUCUAUUGCAGAGAAAGAAGAGAGUGUGAAUGGCUUGGCGAAAGACGAUGAUAAGGAAGAAAGCGAAGAGCUUGAUGGUAUAGCUAAUGAAAAGAUGGAUCCUGUGUCAUUUUCAGAAACUUGUGAAGGUGUUAAUGUCGAUGAGAGAGCGGAACAUUUGGUAAAAGAAGUGGAAGAUUUUGAAGAUGCUUCGAAUGGUGGCAUUAGCGGUGGAAGCGAGAACGAAGCAGGUGAUGAUGUCGAAGAGAAAAGUGAGGAUGAGGAAGCGUUGAAACAAAAGGUUGAGGAUUUGGAGACAAGAAUUGAGAAACUUGAAGAAGAGUUAAGAGAAGUUGCAGCGCUCGAGAUUUCACUCUAUUCGGUUGUGCCAGACCAUAGUAGCUCAGCUCACAAGCUUCACACGCCUGCGAGGCGGAUUUCUAGACUCUAUAUCCAUGCUUGUAAACAUUGGAGUCAAGGAAAACGAGCAACCAUCGCUAAAAACACAGUCUCUGGUCUCAUUUUAGUUGCUAAAUCUUGCGGAAAUGAUGUUUCGAGGUUAACCUUCUGGUUAUCGAACAUUAUUGCUUUGAGAGAGAUCAUUUCACAGGCGUUUGGUAAGUCUCAUGUUCCGAGUCAUUUCACACAAACCUCUGAAUCAAAUGGGAGUGAACAAAAUGGUUCAGGGAAGGUAAGAAGGAGGAAGAACCAGAAACAAAAUGGUUUCAAACGGGUUUUCGAAGAUUGGCAAGAAACAGAAACCUUCAUUGCAGCAUUAGGGAAAGUCGAAUUCUGGAUUUUUUCUAGAAUCGUUGAAUCUGUUUGGUGGCAGGUUUUCACUCCUCAUAUGCAAUCCCCGGAAAACGGCGGUAAAACGAAUGAGAAACUAAUGGGACCUGUCUUGGGAGAUCAAGAGAAAGGAAGCUUUUCAAUUAGCCUAUGGCAAAACGCUUUCAAAGCUGCUCUAUCGCGGCUCUGUCCUACGCGUGGAGCCGGGCACGAGUGUGGUUGCUUACGUAUCUUGGCUAAAAUGGUAAUGGAGAAGUGUAUAGCUCGAGUUGACGUAGCCAUGUUUAAUGCUAUACUGCGCGAAUCCGAGGAUCAGAUCCCCACGGAUCCUGUCUCUGAUCCUAUCCUUGAUUCCAAAGUUCUUCCUAUCCCUUCUGGAGACUUAAGCUUUGGAUCCGGGGCACAACUUAAAAACGCGAUUGGGAAUUGGUCUAGAUGCCUCGCUGAAAUGUUCGACAUAAACACUACAGAUUCUGUAGAAGAAGAUGAGCUCAUAGAAAGCGAGAAACCAUUCAGUUUGUUAAACGAACUCAGCGAUCUACUUAUGCUCCCAAAAGACAUGCUUAUGGACCUAUCCAUUAGAGAAGAGGUAUGUCCAUCAAUCAGUCUUUCACUGAUCAAAAGAAUUCUCUGCAACUUCACACCUGACGAGUUCUGUCCUGAUGAUGUUCCUGGAGCUGUCCUAGAAGAGCUUAACGUCGAGAGCAUUGCAGAGCAGAAGUUAUCUGAAGUUAGCUUCCCUUAUGCAGCUUCUCCGGUUUCCUACAUUCCUCCAUCAUCAAUCAACGUAGCAGAGAAAGUUGCAGAGGCAGGAGGAGGAGACAUCUCUAGAAUGUCGAGGAAUGCGUCUGUGAUACAAAGAAAAGGAUACACGAGCGAUGAAGAGCUUGAGGAACUGGAUUCUCCUCUUACAUUUAUCAUCGAGAAAGUGUCGGUAUCACCAAUUCCAAGACACAAUGUGAAGCAGCAAACCGAGCACACAAUAGGUGCAGUGGUUACAAAUGUAAGAUAUGACCUUCUUAGGGAAGUGUGGUCUAUGUAA